AUGUUUAGGCAUUCAAGACCUCAACAGCCAGAACCCAUCUAUUCUCAUGGCGAAAGACUGGAAGUACGCAGUACCAAGAUGCCCAGGUUGAUGGAACAGGAUGCACUGGAAGUGGCCAGUAGAGCCUUGCAGAGAAGUAAAGAACCCCGGGAGAUUGCCCAGUAUAUUAAAAAGGAGUUUGAUCGCAAAUAUGAACCCAAUUGGCAUUGUAUUGUUGGCAAUCAUUUUGGAAGCAGUCUCUAUAAUGAGUUGGGUUCAUUUAAGCUGGUUGUGGCCGAUGCGUGA